AUGAACACAGCAAUCCAGACACAGCCUUAUCAGCACCACCACCACCACCACCACCACCACAUAACCACAGGGAACGCCGAGCAGGAGGGGAACCCAACAAACAACACAGAAGAGCAGCAGCACAACAACAACAACAACGGCAGGACGACGAGGAACCAAGCCUGUCCCCGGGGAUCGAUGACGAGCGAGAUAGUGGAGACGAACGACGAGCAGCUCAACGAUUAUUCGAGCGAGCACGCCCAGAGCAUCUUCGGCACCUCUCCCGCCGGACAGGUCGGCCAGAGUAAGCCCCGGGCUAUCGUCAGAAUCGAACGCGAUUAUAGCGCCCGUGGGGCUACCUGUGGACGGGUCCAAUUCUGGGACGGUUGGGUCAAAGAACUCGAAGGAAGAAUCAGCCCGCUUCAACUCCAAAACACCCUCAACGACUUCAACCUCAUCCUCGCCUCAGCUUACGACCCCUAUUCCUCCAUCCUCGACAACACUCUCGCCGUCCUGUCUCUCUACAUCUCUCCCUGGAUACUCGGAACUCACCACAAACGACAAAUGAAUCUCUUCAAGGACACGCUCGAACAGUACAACAAAUCCGUCUACAAUCCCGUCGGUCUUAACAUCCUACAUCCCCAAAAAGUCGCCUUCUUAUUCCUUGAAAUCGAAUAUUAUUGAAGCCCGUUAGGAGCUUAUAUGCAUCAAAUUGACAGCCUAUAACGGAUCCCACAUAAUCACACACAGCCCUCUACACACACUCACACAGAUAAACAUGAAGAAAAGCCAAUGAUUAGCGCCUGAUAAAAGAAUUCACCAAGACAAGAACACAGCGAAUUACCGAAGUGAAGCUUCCUGCUCUUGCCCUCCAUCCCCAAAGUGACCAAGCCGAACACGUGGCACGUUUUUCAGGCCGAUUUUGUGUCCCGGGCCGGUCAUCAUCAUCAACUUCUCCUCGGUCGUCUCUGACUUUUGGCCCGCCGCACCCUCUAUUCGUCGUUUCUUUCUUAAGUACAGUUGUGACAGCACUCGUUAUCUCUCUAUAUACCCUCCUUCAUUCACCUCCUACCCUCCCCCCCUCCUUCGCUCUUUUUUUCUCGUUCUUUGUUUUUGCACAUUUAGUAUACUUUUCUCUUAAUUGUUUUUCUUUCAUUUUACUCUUCCUAUCACUCUUGCUCCUCCUCCUUCUACUGCUACGGUCUUAAUGUUUUUUUUAUGUUGACUAUCUUGUAUCAACAAAUUGAUGUAUAUUCAUGUAUGUGAUUAUCUAUCAACUUGUUUUAAGUUUUGGGUUGUGGGGUGGUGGCUGAUUUUCUGCAACAGAAUCAACACCCAUAUCCUAUCAGCUGUCAUGUCCCAGAAAAAAAGUUCUUUUUGUUGCAUUCAUACAGCAUGUGUACCAUCAGCAAUGGGCUGCUAGAUUUCAC